AUGGCCAUCAAACGGCACUUUGUGGGCCGGCCAAAGGACGUCAGCGACAGCGACAGUGGCAGCGACAGUGGCAGCGACAGUGGCAGCGACAGCGGUAGCGGUAGCGGCAGCGAAAACGAACUUCAGAAGGAUCGCGAAGUUCAGGAAGAGGUGGUUCCUCCGGUUAACAGAAAUGUUCAUGUGGCACAAGCAAGGCCUCCAAAGCCCGCGAGAUCGUCGGUUCCUCAGGCGCAAACAAGUCACGCGGUUGUGGACCGCAUAGUCGGUGAGCAGCGGGGCCAGCGCAAACCGGUCCAGGGAUAUGAAACGCUAGAGAGGAGGCCAGAUGACGAAGAGAGUGGUGAGAGUGGAUCCGAGGAAGAAGAGGCCUCGGAAGAGAGUGGAUCUGAAUCCGAGUCGGAAGACGACGUGCCCAAGACGUUUGUUCGACCGAAAUUCAUCCCCAAGAGCAAACGCGGAGCGGGGGUUUCUACAAAAGUGCCCAAGAUUAUGGGGAAGGAUGACUCGACCAAAACGCUGGAGUACAUUGAGAAGCGGAUCAGGGCCGAGCAAGAGGCCCAGAGAGCGUUGUACGAAGAGGAGAAUGCCGCCGAGUUUGGCGGGGUGGACGAUACGGACGAUCAGGACGUGGAGAAGGAGCUGGAGGACUGGAAAGCUCGAGAAAAGGCCCGUCUGGAUCGAGAUAGACAGGAGCUCAUUUCCCGGGAAGAGGCUCUUGCACGGGAGGAUCGCAAGGAGGAAGCGGGGGAGCAAAAUGAGCCCUCUGGAGAUGGUAGUAACCAUUGGGAAGCCCGCGGGGACGACAAGAAAGGCAAACCCAAGGGAGCUUUCUACCAGGAACAGGACAUUCUCAAACGAGACCUCUCUGGACCGUUGCAGGAUGAUUAUGUGGAUAAGACCAAUGUUCCUCAGAGUCUGCUGGGCAAGAAUGUCGGUCAGAAGGGACGAAUCAUGCACAAGAGUUUGAAGGAACAGGAUACCAGCAGGAAGAGACAGAGGUGA